AUGUACGGACAGACACAGGCAGACCAUGUUCUUCCGGGUCUUCUUCAGGCCAAGUCUGGGGGGGCCUCUUCUUGGGACGAGUCAAUCGAGUCAAUCGUCUGCGCCUCCACCCCGGUCUCUCCCUCAAAGUUGGGACGCUGGGCGCUGCAGGACAAGCAGUGCGGCUUGGCUCUUGGAGGAUGGGAUCCACCAUCUCUUGUCAUGACCCCCGCGGGUCGGCGUGCUGCCGGCGAGAUGUUCGUGGAGAACGGGACUUUUCUUCCCCCCCCUCAUAAUUCCCUCCUCCUGGGCAGCUUUUCUUCACGAGACCGAUCCAAGAGGCGAACUCUGGAUAUGGGGCAGAUGUGGUGGAGAGAGAGAGAGGAAGCACGGAUCCAGACUGCCGUGGAGAGGAGUUUGGGAUAUGUGACUUCUCUUAAGGUCUGGCAGCGCCGCCCUUUUCUCGUUCGUUUGGAAGGAAGGUUUUCGGACUUUCUUUGCAACUUCUUCUCGCUCCUUUUUUGUUUGCUUCCUGCUUCCUGCUUUUCUCCUCCCUCCUUUGAAGAUGAGAACCUUGUCCUUCUUCUUGUUCAGCUACUACGCCUUCUCGUGGAGGUAAUCUUAAUCCCACGGGGGAGGAUCAAGGAGCCUUCUACUUAUCUUUGCCCUUCUCUGCUACUGGUCUGGUCCGUCUGGUCUUUCUGUCUUCUCGAAGUUGCCCAGCUAUUACCUGGCAGAACAUCUUAUUACUCCUCCUCUCACAUCGCCCACCCCACCCCUCUUCUACACAUACCACCACCUCCAUCUCAUAAUCACUCCCUCUACCUAUUCUUCUCGCCGUCGGACUUUCUCUUCCCUUUCCGACCUCCUUUCCCCGAACAAACAUUCCAGCCUUUUGGGGGCCGGAGCCUCAGACUCGUCGUUCCUUUCGUCAUCGAGCAUCCCCGCCUUAGGCUGGUUCUCUCGACUACACAUCUUCUUGUCUUCGGCAUCGAUCUUGGUCGGGUUACCCUCUUCGGAAUUCGUAUUCGCUGGGCCAAGUGUAUUUGGGAAAAGCAGAAUCCCCUGGCCUAG